GCAAAACAAGAUUAAGGGGAAAAAAAAAAGGAGUUAGCACGCCAACGCCACAUAAUUCCUUAUCGCAUAACCAGCCGCCACCAAAAAAAGAAAAAAUACAGCUAGCUCGCCGCGCCAGUGAAAACUACAGCUCCGUUGGCUGGCGGCUGGCUGGCCGGAGACUUGAAUCAUGGCCGCCAUCUCUACAGCCACUGAGGCUGUCGAAACUCCUUUGUUAGACGACGUCGUCGAAGGAAGCUUUGACUACAAAGGUCGUCCGGUCAAGCGAUCCAAAUCCGGUCGAUGGAGAUCCGCAUCUUUCAUCAUAGGUGUUGAGGUGGCUGAGAGAUUUGCUUAUUACGGAAUAAGUUCGAAUUUAAUAAAUUACUUGACGGGCCCACUUGGCCAAUCCACCGCUACGGCGGCGGAGAACGUUAAUGCUUGGUCGGGCACGGCGUCGCUUUUACCACUUUUGGGUGCUUUUAUAGCUGACUCGUUUCUGGGUCGUUAUCGCACCAUUGUAAUUGCCUCCGUGCUUUAUAUCCUGGGACUUGGCUUCUUGACGAUUUCAGCUGUUCUUCCCUCUUUCAAGUCUUCUGAGUGUCAGCCUAUAGAGAAUGUUAUUUCAUGUUCUCCACCUGAGUUCCAAAUUAUUUUCUUCUUCUUUUCAUUGUAUCUAGUGGCAUUAGCCCAAGGAGGGCAUAAGCCUUGCGUUCAAGCUUUUGGAGCUGACCAGUUUGAUGGACAAGAUCCAGAAGAGUGUAAAGCCAAAAGCUCAUUCUUCAAUUGGUGGUAUUUUGGUAUGUGUGGAGGUACCAUGGUCGCCUUGUCGAUUCUGAACUAUAUUCAGGAUAAUCUUAGCUGGGGUCUUGGAUUUGGAAUUCCCUGUCUCGUCAUGGGAGUUGCACUUAUCUUGUUUCUGCUUGGAACUAUGACCUAUCGAUUCCAUGUCCAUAGCGAUGAGAUGAGUCCUUUUGUAAGAAUAGGCCGGGUUUUUGUGAAUGCAGCGAGGAAUUGGAGAACCACAUCUUCUGCAAUAUCUAUGGAAGAGGAGUCUAAGGGCAUUUUGCCUUACCAAGGUUCAGCUCAAUUCAAGUUUCUGAACAAAGCAUUGGUGCAAGCUGAUGGUUCAAAGGAAGAUGGAAAAGUUUGUAGCAUCAGUGAGAUUGAAGAGGCCAAAGCAGUUGUUAGGCUAUUUCCAAUAUGGGUCACGAGUUUGGUUUAUGCAAUUGUAUUUUCACAAUCAUCCACUUUGUUUACCAAGCAAGGAGUUACUAUGGAUAGAUCUAUUGGUCCAAGCUUUGAAGUGCCAGCUGCUUCCUUAUUAACAUUUAUCAGCUUUUCAAUAUUUGUCUUUAUCCCUAUCUAUGACCGCAUUUUGGUUCCUAUCGCAAGAGCAAUAACCAGAAAACCGUCAGGUAUAACAAUGCUGCAACGCAUUGGAACUGGAAUAGUUAUAUCCUGUCUUUCCAUGUUUAUAGCUGCUCUAGUUGAGAUGAAGCGUCUUGAAACUGCUCAAGAGUAUGGGUUGGUCGAUAAGCCAGGUGCAACAGUUCCGAUGAAUGUGGCAUGGCUGAUACCUCAGUAUGUGCUUUUGGGAGUUUCUGAAUCAUUUACCAUGGUUGGUUUGCAAGAAUUCUUCUACGACCAGAUGCCCAGUGAAUUGAAAAGCAUAGGCCUCGCUCUUUACCUCAGUAUCUUUGGCAUAGGGAGCUUCCUAAGCAGUUUUCUGAUCUCUAUCAUUGAGAAAGCAACAGGCGGGGAUGGAAGGGAUAGCUGGUUCGCCGACAACUUGAAUAGGGCACACCUUGAUUAUUUUUACUGGCUGCUUGCUACGCUUAGUGCAAUGGCAUUAAUUGCUUAUCUGUAUUUUGCAAAAUCUUAUAUUUACAACCGAGGCAGUAACAUUUGAAGCUGCCUGAAUCCACAUCUACCAAGCUAGUAGGUUUGUGGAAUGUGGUGAGAUUGUACAGAAUGUACGAUGGUACAACCACUCGCUUUCUACGGUCCCUGGACAUUGUUCACUCUAGCACUCUUUUAAAUAAAGUGUUGAUAAUUGUAAUGCUACGCCACACAAUUGGUCCCUUUUCAGUUGAUCCUGCAGCAGCCAAUGUGCCCCUCCGCGCGGCACGCUCCUGCACUAGAACAUGGUUACACCAGCUGUUCAUGGCCUCGUGUUCCUGUAAAAUGAGCAGUCAGGAACCUGCCUGCGAAUGGGAAUGUAAGUGGUUCAAUGUUGUAAUAUUAAUGUAGCAGGCUAGGCGAAAUGAACUCGGUCUUCAAUUCGAGUAUGUUUCUCGUGUGAUAUGGUAUUCCUGGAAAGUAUUACAUUA